UUGUACCAUGUACAGAUGUCGUGCAUUAAAGUUCAUUCAUUCAUUCAUGAUGCAGUGCUGUAAUUGAUGAAAAUAAUUCAACAACACAAAAGGCCAUGCCCUGAUAUUCUAGGUAGGCAUCUCAAAAUUAUGACGCUCCUACAGGUGGAGAUUCCACGUAACUACCAGUACAGGCUGUGUGGACUGUGCGGCAACUUCAACGGCGACAAUACCGAUGACUACAGGUUGCCAAAUGGGACCAUCACCACGGAUUUGAACACUUUCGGAAAUAGCUGGCAGACAAGCGAUCCUUGUGAGUGGGACCCUCCAACCGGUGACCCUCCAACCCUAGGACAGUGUGACGCGCAAUAUUCGGGCCCGUGUGAUGUUCUUACAGCUAUGAACGGCACGUUUGCUGCUUGCCAUGAUUAUGUAGAUCCUCAGCCUUACUGGGAAGACUGCGUCUUCGACAUGUGUUCAACGGAGGGAGAGUGGCUUUGUUGCGACCUGGAGACAUAUUAUGACGCCUGUAUGGACAUGGGUGUGGAUCCCUUUAUCUGGCGGUCGACAGACCUUUGCCCUAUGGACUGUCCAGCAAACAGCGUCUACUCUCCAUGUGUAAGCCCCUGCCAGGCAACCUGUUUGAACCCCGACGGCCCGGAAAACUGUGACCUUCCCUGUGUAGAAGGAUGUGAGUGCAAUGCAGGAUACUUGGAAAGUGGGCUGGAAUGCGUAGAGGAAACGCAAUGUGGUUGCAUCGACGUUUAUGAGAACUACUAUACGAUCGGAGAACAAUGGGGAACAGAAGACGGACAACAAUGUGAGUGCGGAUUUCCGUGGGGGUUCCCAUGGAUCACCUGUAAUCCAGCAGAGCCCUGCUAUGAAGAAGGAGGUUACACCUGGGCGCUCGUGGAUGGAGUAUGGGGAUGCCAUUGCGCUGUACCCUGUCAAUGUGGUGACCCAUAGCUUUGCAAUAGUUUCUUUCUUGCUGAUGCCAAGGAGGUUUUUUAACCUCCUUGCUGAUGCCAUCUAUCUUUUAUAACCUUUCAAAUCUCAUAAUUCAGUUGGGGAUAGAUCAGAUAAC